AUUAACGUGCGCAUUUUUCAGAGGUUUUGGAGACGGGGACUCACGAGCAGGCGCCUGAAGUUAGAGGCAGCGAUAUUUGGGACCAUCGCGGCACGUUUCAAAGCAUUUUCUCUGCGAUAUUUGAAAACGGAGUCGUGCGGUGAACGCCUGCGUGUCCCUUUUAAAACAAACCCAGCGCCUGUCAAUCACAGCGCAUUCCAACCAAUCCCAAAGCUCCCCUUUUAAAAGCAGGUUUGCCUGCUGUGCUUUUAUAUUGCACCAUGGCCUGUUUCGAAGCAUUUUUACUACCACGGUUAUUGCCACAAAUCAAGAGGGCAAAGUGAACGGCAUGGGACUCACAUCAACUUUAACGAAACCGAGUCUGGUUCCUACUUCUGCGAAGUUCACGGCCAAGAAUUUCACAUGCAGAUGAUGUAGCUUACAACAAGGGGGGGAAUGGAGAGAGCAUUUCUAGGUGUAUCCUGAUUUGGUUGAUUUUGCAAACUCAUAGCCACACUCACAACAUAACAUGUCAAGCCUUCAGAGGUUUAGUGGCUGCCCUCUCUCCUGCGUCAACCCCGGGGAGAGCAAUACUGAACCCAGCGUGGUGCUGCCACCUUUGGCAGGGGAGCACAUGGGACACCCCACUGGCAGUUCCUUAAAACUCUGCCCCUCGCACAAUUUGCGAGACUACCCCGAGACGAGGUCCAGUGCAUAUGUUGACCAUUCGGUGCCCAAUUUUUCAGACUCUGGAUACCCCAGCCACCGGUUAGAGCACAGCCCUCGGGGCAUUAUCAUUGGAGCCAAUUUUUCUGGAGCCGGCAUGCCACCCGUCACUGAUCAACUGGCAUCAAGAGCUAACCAACAUGGCGGGAUUGGAAGGUAUCGCGACUUCCAUGGCUGCAGAGACAACAGGAGCCAUGCUUUUUUUUACCAGGAGCAGGCCCACGCCUCCACGGACGCACCUCGAGACCUCGGCAGCCAGAUGAUGCUGGGUCUACCUGGCGACCUCCUCACCCGGACUCAUCCCUAUGGGCAAACCAUCAGCCCCAAGGGAAGCAGCCAGCAGCAGCUCGUCUCACAGUUCCUGGGUCUGUACAAACCCCUGAACAUGGCCAUCCAGCAUGGAGGAGGCGACGCGUUCCUCAGGUGCUCCAAACAAACAGUGAAGCACGAGCUGGUGUGCAAGUGGAGUGACGGCCAUGAGGGGGCCGGGAAGCUGCCUUGCUCCAGAGCCUUCGGGACCAUGUAUGAACUUGUCACCCAUGUGACAGUGGAGCACGUCGGAGGACCCGAGCACGCCGAGUAUGUGUGUCACUGGGAGAACUGUGCGCGGGACAGGAAGCCUUUCAAAGCCAAAUACAAGCUGGUGAACCACGUCAGAGUGCACACAGGGGAAAAGCCCUUCCCGUGCCCCUUUCACGGCUGCGAGAAAGUGUUUGCAAGAUCAGAGAAUUUAAAGAUCCACAAGAGGACUCACACAGGUGAAAAACCUUUUAAAUGCGAGUUCGAGGGCUGCAGCCGGAGGUUUGCGAACAGCAGUGACAGAAAGAAGCACUCUCACGUGCACUCCAGCGAUAAGCCCUACAUGUGCAAGGUCAGGGGCUGCGACAAGUGCUACACCCAUCCGAGCUCCCUGCGCAAGCACAUGAAGCUGCACUCCAACAAGACUAAAGGCGGUGACGCGGAGGCCGAGUCCACCCGCGUCCCGGACGGAGCGCAGAUCAGCCCCUGUCACCCCCCAACAUCCACCCAAGACGUCCCCAUGUCCCCGGAGAUUCGAGACCAGUCGACCCCGAGGUCACGUUUCCAUCACACGCUUGACAGCAGUUUUGACUACUCCGCACACAGGUCACAGCCCCUGCUGGAUCCUCUGCUGCUGCAGAGGGGCGGCUACAGGUCCCAGUCCUCCCAGUACCCCUGCGGACAGACGGCGCACACUUUUGCGCAGAGCUCCAGGACUUUCCCCUCCACCUCUCCCUUCCAGAAGAGUAUUGUCAAUGGAUGGUACACAUGUCACAGCGGAGUGGACUCAUUCCCACCAAAGCAGUGCAACAACAUCCCGUCUCUCUGAGCUCCUGUCGGGACACGUGGACGAAUCCACCUAUUUUCUAUCCAUGUUAUAACCUGACCGUUCCAGCUGUUUAUCUGUCCCUCUGUAUUUGUGUGGCCGUUGUAUCAAAUAUCCUGUGACACGUCCUGAGUCAUCAUAUUGAAAUGUGGCGAGCUUUACUUGUUGUCGUGAGGCCUGUCUGGUUGGAGUUUGGCUUGUUCCCUAAAGCUUACACAUCCCCCCAGUGGGUCAUAGGAACUUUUACAACGUGCGUAAUUGUUCGCUGUGUUGCAUUAAUUAUUAAAGCUAUCUAUCUUGAGUGAUAUUUUUAAAAAAAUGACAAAGGAUUUAAUGGAAAACCUGCCUGAACUUAUACUGAGAGGUGGAAGGAGACGUGUUGCUGAAUGUAACCCUGAGUGUGGGGCUGUCUGUUGAAUGUAAACUAGUUGUACUGUACGUGGGGAAGUAUAGAAACAUUACUCAUGUCUUUAUGUGUGUGGAAAGCUGAAAUAAACAUGUGGAAGCUCUUUCCUUUCGUUACACUUGGAGUCCAGCGUCCUGGGCCUGACGCGUGAUAUUGUCUGUAAUUAAAAAUACUGCGAGGCUCAGUGGGUUUUUUAUUUGAUUUAAAUUCCACUUUUUGCCUCCUUUCAUUAAACAUUCUUGUUUUAUUAUAUGUAUAUUUCACAUUCCCUUGCAAAGUAAGAGCAUAAACCACAGCUUUCCUGUUAAAAACCAUUCAUUAGCAUACAGUCCAACUGUACAUAAGCCUACUGUAUAAUUAAUUAUGUAUUCUAUAUUUUAUUAAAGUGUCUAUAUUCUCUUUGA